AUGGUUUUCAGGAUCGCUGCUCUCUCCGCCUUGAUGGCAAUUGUUCUUACUGAGUCUAACCCUAGAUAUAGUCUCCCUGUUCCCGCCUAUAAUGCCCCCGCACCCGCUCCUUCGGGACCAGUGCAGUAUAACUUCAACUACGUCGUGGAAAAUAACAUUGGGAACGAUUCCGGCCACGAAGAAAACCGGAAUCGAUACGACUCUCAGGGUACUUUCUUUGUUCAGCUUCCUGACGGUCGUUUGCAGACUGUAACCUAUAAUGUGAACGGCGAUUCCGGUUUCGUAGCCGAUGUAGCCUACCAAGGAGAGGCCCAGUAUCCUGCCCAACAGCCAGCUCGAUCCUACCAACCUGCUUCCACCCCUGCAUACGGUUAA